GAGUCCUAGAUUUGACCAUUAUUUUAUAUGAGUUUUGUUAGCCAUCCCUUUUUCCUUCAUCUAACGUAAAAUAACAUUUUUUUCUCUUCUCAGUCAUUUACGAGGAUGUUUAUUUUACCGUUUCUAACAUUCAAGGGUCUUUCUUGUAUUUCUUUGUAUUCUGUUCGGUGGAGCAGAAAAUCUGUCUCAGUUUCAAUUUCUCUUUUGUUCCCAGAACUUCCCCCCUUCUCCAGUGCCGAAGUGGAAAAAUAAUUUCCCUUCUUGCACCAUACACAGGUCCAAAGUCCUGUUUUUCACCAUGUUGCUCCAAACAGCAAAUUUUCUAACCCACAAGAAAAGAGAGCACCAAAGUGCUAACUUGGAAGUCUACAAGGGUCUGAGAACAAUUGAAAAUAAAUUCCCACAAUGGGGAUUAGUCCUUAGUGGUCCACUGGACAUCCUGAGGUGUGUGUGGAAGCCAGCUAGGGCACCAACCUGUUAGCAGACGCAUAGGUGGCCCAGCUCAGAAGUCAUGGGUUCGUUGUCAUGGAGAAUGAAAGGCAAAUUGAAGACAUUAAAAGGCAAGUAGCAAACAAUCCAGUAGGCUAAGCCAGGGAUUUGGGAGUCUCCCAAGGUUCCUCCCUUCCUCAUUCCCUGCGUGAGUCAUUUUUCCAGUCUGUCCACACCCAUUCACCCUUCUUCUAUGGGCCGCCACCCCGCACUCCCAUUCACCCUCAAGCUGCUGCCACAGGAUCUUUCUGAAAUACAAAUCCAAACUCUACCUACCUAUCCCCUUGCUGUAUAAACUCUUCCAUUUCAUCAUGGUGUUCAGAGCAGAGACUCCUGGGCUUAACACAGACCUGCUUUUGGCUCAUCUCCUGCCACUCCCCUACACUUACUCUUCCUUCACCUCUAACAGGAAGGCUGAUAGGCCCGUUGUACUGACCAUGCUCUUUUCUUCACUCGUCCAGCCCCAACUCCCUUUCCAUCUCGCUAAUUCCUAUAUACCUUUCAAGGCACCUGUUCAAAAUAACUCCUCCAGGAAGCCUUCCCUAACCUUCCUCAGGCCCCCUUGGGCUUGCCUACACCAUCUUAGCAUUCACCCCUCAGGCAGAAUUAAUUGGUUUGUCUCUUUCCUAGUAGAAGUAUCAUCCUUGACUGUGUAGGAAAUGUUUUAUCCAUUCUUGUAGCUCUGGCAUAGCAGGCAUUCAAUGUAGUUGUUGCAGUGAAUGCCGAAUUAGAAGGAAGGAAGUCCUCACAGCUACUAAUUGGCAGAUAGAGAAUGCCCAUUCCUGUCCUCUGAGAAAGUGUCAGUGUCCUCUUAAUCUACUUCAACUGUGUGUGUGCUUGGGUACUUUUUAAUGAUUAACACUGAUAAGUAGGGCCAUCUAAUUAAUUAAUUAACUAGUUAAUUAAUUAAUUAAUUUGUAUGGAAGGGAGCAGUGCGCAGUAUUAACUCAGUGAUUUGUGGAUCUAGUCAAGGGUCAGAACUCAAGUCUGUUAUUAGUGCCUCUGGACUUAUUUCUGAACCUUAGCACCUUUCAUGAUCUUUUUCCUUCUCCUCCAGAAACCAGCCGCACCCUCUUUAACACAACUUAAUAAAGUUGUAGGAAGAACACUGCACCUUACCUACCAUUUCAUUCCAGAUUGUGUCCAAAACAUCGAACCAAUGGUUUAAAUUAGAUUCAUUAUUGAACAAGUUAUCAAAAUUCCUUAAAUCCAAAGGAAAUUCUGCCCCCAAAUCUCCAAAACAUUAUCACAUCACAUUAACCCCAAAUUCUUUCCAUUCAAAGGGAAGCCAAGUUACAUCUUACAACACCCAAUGAAUUAUGAUUCGGGGCUGUGGUUUCUUUUGCUCCAACAAUAAUAUGACUUAUGUGCCUUAGAAUAUUCCAGUAUUUCAGAAAAUGGCAUUUUAUUUUUAAAGAAGGGGCUGUGCUUUUCUAUAAAUCAUGUAAUGCGGAGUUGGGAAGAAAGGGUUUUACAUUCCAAAUAUUAUUUACAAGCUAGACGGGAAGCUGGAACAGGAGUUUUUGUGCUUGUGUGACAAUCAGUUUUACUAAGGAACUGCAAACUGCGCACACGCCGUUACUUGAGGCAGACACACACUGGCAGCCUUGCAGAUGUUUUUCCCGCCUGUGAGCCAUCCAGGUUCAAAAACUGUGUGGUGCAUUUUAAGGCGGCAGCCCCAUCCGAUCCUUACCGUUUCAUGCCGAUCGGAUUCUCACCUUCAACCUAACCUUGCCGGCUUCCUUAUAAAAGACCCAUCCACAGGCCUCUUUAAAAAAAAAAAAAAAAAAAAAGAAAGAAAGAAAGAAAAAAGAACCUAUUUGUCCGCCCGGCUGGUCGGAAGGAGCAGAAAGUAGUAGGGGUGCGUCCCGUUUGCACUAUAGCUCGGCUGCAAUAAUGUUGAACGUGUAAGAUGGAACAUACCACCGGUUGGCUGCGGGGAUGCACCUCGCCAGCGCCGGCUGCGGUUUCCUUUUGCUCGGUGCGCCGACCCGCGAGCGGCCACGACCACCCCUUGCGGACUUUGUUCGGUUGAGGGGCGCCAGGGCGGCCCGGGGAAGGGCGGGAGGGCGGCGGAAAGUUGAAGAGCGUUUUUUCGCGGCCGCGUGCGUCCGGGAGCUCGACGAGUCCGCCCCGGGCUUCCUGGUGGGGCUGGGCUGGCGGGGGAGGGGCCGCGCAGCAGCAGCGGAAACCAGACCUCGGCGAUAAGAGGCUGCACAGCGACAUGCAACAGUCUUUCCACUGCAGCUGAAUGAGUUGUGGCGCUCACAAUGCUCCCGUGACCGGGAACUGACAAGUUCAAUUUUAAAUCGCGGGCCUCUUGGAAUCAGGACUCCCACAAUGCCUUGGGCACUCGGUCGGCAGUCGGGCUGCCUCUGAAAAAAAAUGUGAGAGGUUGGUACUAAGAAGUGCCUUUCCUGACGUCUCUGCUGCUUGGACCCGCUUCUAGAGCAGUCUCUGCUUUUGCCUUGCUUGCUGCCAGCUAGACUGUGACGACAGCACAUCCACCCUCCACUUCUAGCCCAGACACCCCCAUUUCUACUUAUAAUCAAGACAAAAGCUCUAAGUAUCUGGCAUUGCCCUAGGCUGCUUUAGUUUUAAAAGAAAAGUUUGCUGAAAAAGUCAGAUCUCUUCUGCCAGGAAAUCAAGGAGGAAAAAAAAAUCAGUUUCUCGAUUUGCUCUAAACUGCUGCAUCUGUCUAUGCCAAACUAAUCAAUACCGAUUGCACCACCAAACUCCAUUGCAAAUUCAGCUGUGAGGAGAUUCCCUUUCAGACAACUUUGCUGAAAGCAGCUUGGAAAUUCGGUGUCAAAGGGUCUGCCACGUUUUCAUGCUUGCAUUUUGGGCUCCAAAUUGGCACUGGGAAGGGGUUACUGAGAGCACAAGGCUGAUCCGAGGCCCUACUUUUAAACGUUCAUCUACUUACGAUUCUAGUAUUUCUCUGUAAACCAAAACCUCUUGAAUUAACAGUUUCAUGCUGUGAAUUUCUAGUGGGAGAUCUUUUCCUUGAUAUUGACAACACAGUUUUCCAUGUACUUUUAAAGCAGGGAGUGGGGAAAAAAGUAUUUUGGAGGGGACAUUUUCAUCAGCCUUUUACAGUCUUAUCAGUUCAGCUUUUUGAGGUUUUUUUUUUUUUUGGUGUUUUUUUUUUUUUUUUUUUUGGUUGUUGCUGGGUUUAUUUUUAUUUUUAUUUUUUUGUGGGGGGCUGGGUCUGUUGGUUUCACUGCAAAAUUUAACUACCUGUAAAAUCUAAACAUGGCUGUUAGUGUCACACCAAUUCGGGACACAAAAUGGCUAACACUGGAAGUAUGUAGAGAGUUCCAAAGGGGGACUUGCUCACGGCCAGACACGGAAUGUAAAUUUGCACAUCCUUCGAAAAGCUGCCAAGUUGAAAAUGGACGAGUAAUCGCCUGCUUUGAUUCAUUGAAAGGUCGUUGCUCCAGGGAGAACUGCAAAUAUCUUCAUCCACCCCCACACUUAAAAACGCAAUUGGAGAUAAAUGGGCGCAAUAACUUGAUUCAGCAGAAGAACAUGGCCAUGUUGGCCCAGCAAAUGCAACUAGCCAAUGCCAUGAUGCCUGGUGCCCCAUUACAACCUGUGCCAAUGUUUUCAGUUGCACCAAGCUUAGCCACCAAUGCAUCAGCAGCCUUUAAUCCCUACCUGGGACCUGUUUCCCCAAGCCUGGUUCCAGCAGAGAUCUUGCCGACCGCACCAAUGUUGGUCACAGGGAAUCCUGGGGUCCCCGUGCCUGCAGCUGCUGCGGCUGCUGCACAGAAAUUAAUGCGGACAGACAGACUUGAGGUAUGUCGAGAGUACCAGCGUGGCAACUGCAACAGAGGAGAAAACGAUUGCCGGUUUGCUCAUCCCGCUGACAGCACAAUGAUUGACACCAAUGACAACACAGUGACCGUGUGUAUGGAUUACAUCAAAGGGAGAUGCUCACGGGAAAAGUGCAAAUACUUUCAUCCUCCUGCACAUCUGCAAGCCAAGAUCAAGGCUGCCCAAUACCAGGUCAACCAGGCUGCAGCCGCUCAGGCAGCAGCCACCGCAGCUGCCAUGACUCAGUCGGCUGUCAAAUCACUGAAGCGACCCCUCGAGGCAACCUUUGACCUGGGAAUUCCUCAAGCUGUACUUCCCCCAUUACCAAAGAGGCCUGCUCUUGAAAAAACCAACGGUGCCACCGCAGUCUUUAACACUGGUAUUUUCCAAUACCAACAGGCUCUAGCCAACAUGCAGUUGCAACAACAUACGGCAUUUCUCCCACCAGGCUCAAUAUUGUGCAUGACACCCGCUACAAGUGUUGUUCCCAUGGUGCACGGUGCUACGCCAGCCACUGUGUCCGCAGCAACAACAUCUGCCACAAGUGUUCCCUUCGCUGCAACAGCCACAGCCAACCAGAUACCCAUAAUAUCUGCCGAACAUCUGACUAGCCACAAGUAUGUUACCCAGAUGUAGAAUUUUCAUCACUAAACAAUCAUACUAAAGAGGAAAGGACAGUGUGCUUGGUUAGCGUAAAGGACGAGGUCAUUAGCCAUACUGUAAAUACCGUCAAGCAACACACACAAAAACCCCUCAGCCACAAGACAUCCACAUAUUGCAUGUUAACCAGAAGAAGAGACAACAUGGAAAUCCACUGCACACUGUUGCCUAUACACUUUGUACAUUUAAUUGAUAUUUGUGCUGAGGUGAUAUUCCUGUCUGAAAGAAGAACAACAUUGUCUUUCUUUUCUAGCACAGAGUUCUGCAUUAAAAGAUGCAUACCUAAUUAGUUUCCUAUAUAUUCAUGCCAUCUUGAAAAGACAGACUAUGGUGUAACCAUGAUUCUAUUAUGUAUUGGUACGUCUGUAGACCAAGGUAUAAUUUUUUAAAAAUAAGUUUAUUUCUUUCAAGGUUUACAAAUAACAAAGGUGCACCUUGUAUUUAAAAUCGCCAUUAUAGACGAGAGCGUGCAUGCACAGUCAUUUUUGUUUAAGAGUAAUAUUUUUAAUGUAAUAGAUUUUAAGAUGUGGUGAGGGAGGGAUCUGACAGAGAUGAAUGUGCCAAGCAAAACCACAACUGUGUAUCUUUUAAAGCACAUCAUGGCUUUAAGUACCAUGUUGUUAAGGAUUCUCAUGAAGUGCCAUAGACUGUACAUCAAAUUAGAGUAUUAUUUCUUCAGUGUUAUUGUUUUCAGAGCCACAUUUUGUUGCUUAUUUGCUAGUACUAAUCAGUCAAAGGGCACCAUUCUUUUUUCCUUUUUUUUUGGAAACCAAAGCUGUCUCAGAAAUGGCCAAUUUAACUCUACAGUAACAAUAGACAGCACAACACAAACUCUCUCAAUACCGAUAAACUCACACAUACUGGAGAUAUAUAUAAUAGAUAUAUAUAUAUAAAAUUAUUUUAAUGCAUUGUAGUGUAAUAUUUAUGCAUACUAUACUGUGUAACAUGUUAUUCAAAAGGGAUAUGCCAUUUCUGAGACACGAUAACAAAAAAAAUGUUUGAGGAAAUUAUUUUGCUUCUAUUUAUAGCUCUGUCAAAAGUCAAACGACUAUAAAUGCUUUGCAAAAAUGGUUUCACAUUUGCUUAAAUGCUUCACCACAGUCACGUUUAAAAUAGUGACUCUAAACAAAGAAGAAAGCAGCACUGUCAUCAGAUGCAUGAUAAACCAAAAUAUGAAAAUGGGAAAUGUUUAAUUAACCUAGUAAUUGGGUGGGUUAAGUACAUGGGUGAAUUUUAUAUGUGAUUUGUUUUGUUUUGUUUUGUUUUGUUCAGAUUAACUGCUUAUAGCCUUAGAAAGCCUUUUACAAAAUUAAAAAAAAAUAGAUGUGCAUUCAGUUUUUAAGAAUGGAUUCAUCCAAAGGAAUUCCUUUUUUGUGGUUUGGAUGUUGCAGCUUGUAAAGGAUAUUUUUGCUCUGAUUGGCAGUUCUAAAAAUUGCUGACGUCAGGGCCAGGUCACUGGUAGUUAUAGUGUGGAAUGGGAGAAGCGAAAGUUCAGUUAUAGAACUUUCCAUACUUCCAAGUUUACUGCAAGUUUUUAUGCUUGAGAGAGAUGCUUUCUAAUAUAAGACUGAUGUGUUGAUUUUACUGAUUGUACUGUACAUCUAUUAAAGCCUUAGAUUAUUACAUUACGGGUUGGAACCCAUACCAAUGUAAUUUCAAUCAUGUUAAGAGAGUAAUGGUGACUUCACAUGUUAUUGUAGUUAGUUACAUUAUAGAAUAUUACUUAUUUUUCUUGUUAAAAUGUAGUUUUUCAUUUCCUACAUUUAUUAGAUUUCAUUUUCUAUUAACAAUUGAAUACCAUUUCAGUUUAUAGACUCUUGUUUUAUUAGAUUUUACCGAUGAAUUUUUCAAAAUACAAAAAAAAAUUAAAGUAGUUUUUCCUUCAUAACAUACUCAGUUUUGAAUUACAUGUAGUGUCAUACGAAUAUUCGUAUUAUUGUUAACUAAAUGAUUUAUAUUUUACUGAUUUAAUAUUAAAGUGUAAGAAUGUCAGUCAUUGUUAGUUCUUGUCUAGUUUUCAUUAAAAGAACAAAGAUCUUUUAUAUGGAUAUCUUAUAAAUAUAUAAUCAUUGCUAAGUAAGAAGUUAAGUUGUUGCUAUCGCAACAAUCCUGGCAGACAAUUGAGUAAUAUUUUGAUGAUUUAUUUUGUUUGUAAUUAGUUAUUAUAAGAAGAUCUAGAUCCUAGAUAUUAGAAUAAAAUUUAUUUUCUACUGUAUCCAUUUCAAAUGUUAAAGUAUUGUUUAAUAUUUUUGAAAUCCCUGAAUAUCAGGCCUUGUUAUAAAUAAGCUGCAUAAUCAAUAAAUAGAACAAGGGACUUUUUUGUUGAUAAUCCAAAUACUCAAAGUUUACGUAAUGAGAAUUAUAGCGUGUGUGCAAACUCUUGAGGGUUGAUUAUGCUGCAAUUUAGCAUGUUGGAACGUCUAGAGAGAAGGUUGACUUUUUGCACUUCUGUAUAUAGUCAAAAGAGAGAAACCUGUAUAAUAGUAAGAUCUUAUUUUGAAUAAAAACGUCUAUAAUUACAAGGAGUUUUGUUAAGGCUAAUAAAAUGACAGACUGAGCAAAAUUGCUUGCAAAAGUGGCACAGAGUUAGCACUCCAUACCCCUUCAAACAUGUUGCUUUGCUUUAUUGUGGACAGCUUGUAGUUUGCCAGGAUUUUUUCAGCUGGAAAGAUAUGCCAUCCUUCCGAGAUCUCAUGACUGACAAAAACUCCAUUGGGCCAAAUCUGCCUGAAGAUCAUUACCAAAAAUAGCAGGUACUUCAACCAUUAAGGUGAAAUCAUGGAUCAAAUAUUCCUUACAUUUUUCAAAACUACUGCAUGUUUAAAACUUCAACGAAAAAAAAAAAAAGAGAAAGAACUAUACUAAGGACAUAUAUUAUACAAAUCAGUUUCUGCCAAUUUCAGUGGUUUAUUGUUCACAAAAAAAAAAAAUCUUCAAAACAAGUAUUGACUCUCACAAAAUUUAAACCGUAAACAGGCAAACCAAACAGCACACCGUAGCUAUAGUUGUUAUGUGAUUGUUUUUUAAUUGCCGUAGGAUCCUGUUCUUUCAGCAGGUGAAAAAGCAAAACACCGUUCAAAUUUCACGGUUUUAAUUUUCAACUCAGAAGCACUCAGAAGAGCAAAUGUGAUCAUGGGCACUUGUUUAAUGAAUUCGUGUAUCCAGCCUUCACUCCCGCUGGCUGCACUUCUCAGCAACCCUACCGCUUUCAUCUGCUGAAAGGACAGAUGUGCUUGGUUUUACUAUUAUGUAAUCACAACUUACUUUCUGCUUGUAGUUGCUUAAAAUUAUGUAUUUUGUCUUGGGCUGCAAUUUGUUUUAUGCUUAUUUUAUUAUUACUGCAGUAGUUGACUUUGCUGUAUGGAAAAAUAAAGUGAAAUUGCCCUAAUAAAACUUCUCUUUCUUAAGUAUA